CUUCACUUAAUCAGGUGGUUUAAGUAAUUUCUGAUUUAUAGAUUUUCAUAAACUUUCAAUUUACUUGAACUUGCUUCCGGUUGUCAACCAGUCCAGACAACUACUUACACAGUUGGGGAGGGAGCAACCGACGGGCUCUUCCUUUAUCGUCCCUUUCUAAAUUGGAAUCUGCAACACUAUCUCCUCUCUCUUCCAAAUACGCGCUACUUACACAGUUGGGAGGGAGAACCGACGGGCUCUUCCUUUAUCGUCCCCUUCUAAGUUGGAAUCUGCAACACUAUCUCCUCUCUCUUCCAAAUACGCGGAAGAGAGAUAGAGACGAUUGCUUUGGAUUCCUUACUGAUCAGGUAAGAGGGGGCCACUGGUUACUGAUCAGGAAAGAGGGGGCCACUGGUCUCAGCGUUAGACUACACAGAAGAGAUCAAUCAAUCGGAUCGAGAGAGAGAAUGGCUCUCAAGGCAGUAACCCUAACCCACGUGCGCUACGAGAAGGGGGACAAGCUGGGGCACUUCCUUGCCUGGGUGUCCCUCCUGCCCGUCUUCAUAAGUCUGGGGGGCUUCGUCUCCCAUUUCAUCUUCCGCCGUGAGCUCCAGGCCAUGUUCUUUGCCCUUGGCCUCCUCAUCUCGCAAUUCCUCAAUGAGCUCGUCAAGACAUCCGUCCAACAGUCCCGUCCUGAGACCUGUGCGGUGCUUGAGAUGUGCGACUCUCAUGGCUGGCCCUCCUCGCACUCCCAAUACAUGUUCUUCUUCGCCACAUAUUUUACGCUUCUCGUCCGCCGAGGCUUAGGGGUCUCAGGGCGAGCUGAAAGGCUUUUGGUUGGUUUGAUUCCCUGGCCUCUUGCUUUCCUGACUAUGUAUUCUAGGGUUUAUCUGGGGUAUCACACUGUUGCCCAGGUUUUUGCUGGGGCGGCUCUUGGAGCGGCUCUCGGGGUUGUGUGGUUUUUGGUGGUAAAUUCUGUUGUGAUUGAUUGGUUCCCCAUGAUCGAGGAGAGUGCCUUCGGGAGGUAUUUUUACAUCAAGGAUACUUCUCAUAUAAAAAAUGUGCUUAGGUUCGAGUACGAGAAUGCGAGAGCAGCAAGGAAGACAUUUGCGGCAAAGAAAGAAGUGGCGGAUUGAAUUGAUUGAGGGAUUUGGAGAUUGCACAAUACACAGGAAGCUGGAUCAUAUCCCUGCAGCUGGUCGAAGAAGCUGGUAUUUGUCCAACUGAUAUCAGAUAAUUGAUUAUUAGCAAUGGCUCAUUUUGUUGUCCUUAUGUAUUAGUUCGAUAUCCAUUAUGUAAUAACAUUCUUCAUAUUCUUCCUUGGAAUCCAGGCGUUUGGGAUACUGUUAUCAAGCAUAGGGUCUGCAAGUUCUAUUCCCUCAAAGGAGAACGUGUCUAGGGACGAGUCACUAAACAGAGUAUUGGGGUCAUGUUCCACAAAUAAUUGUGUAUGAUUGACAUGGAUUCGAAGGGUAAGAUAUUAUAAACAAAUCAAGUAAGAGAUUAUUAAA